AUGAAUCCCUGUGCGCCAACAUUUGUCCCCGUUGAACCUUCAGAAGAUGAGUUCUCUUCCGACGAAGAUGGAUCUUCUACUCCAUCUUCCAUGGAAGCACGACAUCCAGAUCAAGAUGUGCGCUCGCCUCGAGCACGACCCCGAGGUAGAACAAUUCCUUCCAUUACUAUCGACCCCGAAGGAUACGAAGCUAUGUUCCCUGCUCUCCAAGCUGUGAACACAGUUGACCCUCUCAGGAUUCGGAGUCCGAAAAUGAAAAAGAAACAACGAAGCAGGCGCUGUAGGUCCAGAGGCAAAGACGACCGGGCCUUGUCUUCAAACUCGGUUAAUGACGAGCGGUUGAGCCUAGGGCAUCAGUCCUCACAGUCCUUUGAUGAUGAGGAAGAGAAUAGUAAAGAGCCUCCCCUGGAAUAUCUGAAACCGACGGUUUACACUCCGAGGAAGUCGCUUGAGUUCCUCAAACCUGACGUUUAUACACCUCCGGCCUCAUCUCACAACUCUUCCAGCCGUCCUAAAACCCGGGCAAACACGCGGCCGGCUGACGCCAGAGCGAGAACCCGGUCUCCUAAGAGGGCAUGGAGACCACCAACCCCCCAUCCAGACGGUAGACCGCGAGGCUCCAGAUUACGACGUACACCUUCUCCAAACCAGAGAGCUAUGUCAUUGGCUGGGUAUCCAGUUCCUCUAGUUUUCCCGAAUCCCACUUACAGCCACUUUCCAUCAGACCGGUCCCAUCCAAUGAUACAUCCUCCGAUCAACUAUGCGCCACAUAUGGGACCAUCUCUGGUGCCGCCUACGAUGCCAUACUCGCCUCUAACAUUGCCUCUGGCCCCGGUCCCGUGGUCAGCCCAUUCGGCUCAACCAGGAAUGAUGAUGGACUAUCCGGUGGACUAUGAUAGUCGUUAUGCACAAAUGGAUUGGCCUUCAUUUGAGGGGGGGAGUGGGAUGUAUUAUGCGCCGCAGCCGCCACAGCAUUUCGUUUAUUAUCAGCCAGAGUCACAUGGACGACGACAAAUGCAGCCCUAUAGUCAAUACCGAAUGCAUUUGCAGCCUCCUCAAAGGUCUGAGUUGUACCCAGCUUCCCAGGGCAGUGAUUCACAAAGUGACUCGAGGACUCAGCCUACAGGAAGCCAGCAUGAGAAAAAGGCUAGUACCUCUAGUUCCGCCAAGGCAAGCAACUUUAGCUCCGGUGCAGCUACCAAUGUGUCUGAUACGACGACCCCUUUGAGAACUCAAUUCGAUAUAAUCAAUGAUCAAAGUGGAGGGGCACAGCUGAGGUCAAAGUACAACAAGUAUCCUGAUAUUUAG